AAAGCCUUUUUGGACUUGCUCGCUCGCUAUUCUAUCCUAUCCCAUAUUGUCCAUCUUUACUGGACAGCGGGUGCAGCAAAACUCUCUAUUAUCUUUCUCCCCCUCGCCCUCCAUGACUCCCGUCUAUCUGAACCCAGCAUCCUCUUCUUUCCCUUUUGUGGAUCUUAAAGAGGAGCAACACCUGCAGCUCUUUCUGUCACCACAUCAAGCUGCCACUUCUCUCUCAGGUCCUACUAAUUUCUUUAACACGACUCAUGAUCAAAGAGAAAGCAAACUUGCAGAGUCGCGCCAGCAUGAUGAUCAUGAGGUUGACAAGUACAGCAUAUCACUUGGCAGAUCGAGUGAUCAUAAACUAUUUCCAUCAUCUUCAUUCCAACCUGUGGUAAAUGAUGAUGAUGAUGAUAGCAAUUUCCACAAAUUAUUCUCAUCGAAAACGGAGGACGGUACUGAAGGAAGUGGUGAUAGUUCAGUCAAUUGGAUGCCCUCAAGGAUGACGACGAUGCAAGAAAUGACCAACUCAAAUCGCUCAGAAACUGAUCAUCAACCAAUGAAAUUUAUGCUCAAGUUUCACAAUCAGCAAUGUCAGAAUAACGACAUCAACUCCUCCAGCAACAGCAAUAUUAGAGUCUGCUCUGACUGUAACACCACCUCAACCCCACUUUGGAGGAGUGGCCCUCGCGGUCCUAAGUCACUUUGCAAUGCCUGUGGGAUUCGGCAAAGGAAGGCCAGACGAGCUAUGGCGGCGGCUGAAAAUGGCGCGGUUAUUUCCGUUGAGGCAUCAUCUUCUACGAAGAGUAAGGUAAACAGCAAGGUAAAGAAAUUGCGGACGAGCCAUGUUGUGCAAGGCAAGAAACUGAGCAACAAGCCUCCUAAUCCACCUCUUCAGAGCCAAAAGAAGCUUUGUUUCAAGAAUCUUGCAUUAAGUUUGAGUAAAAAUCCAGCCUUACGACAAGUGCUUCCACAUGAUGUGGAAGAAGCUGCAAUCCUACUAAUGGAACUAUCUUGUGGCUUUAUUCACAGUUAAAUCUUUUUUAUUUUCUUUUGUUCUUUGAUUUUGUUCCUAGGAAUUUGUCAGCUUGUUUAAUUUCUGUCAGCGAGAGAGAUCCUUUUUUUUUUCCUGCAUGCCGCAAACAAAGUAUGGCUGGCUUCCUAUCAGUCUGUCUUGAAAUAAUUGAAAUCAGUAAUAAUAUCUAAGGUCUUCCAGGCA